AUGGUUGAUAACAUCAACAAUAUAUUAGGGUCAAUUAACUCAAGUGAGGAAGGAGGGAAUAAGGAGCAAGAUAGGUUAUUGCCAAUAGCUAAUGUGGGGAGACUUAUGAAGCAAAUUCUUCCUCAAAACGCCAAGAUUUCGAAAGAGGCUAAAGAAACAAUGCAAGAAUGUGUAUCUGAGUUCAUUAGCUUUGUUACUGGAGAAGCAUCGGAUAAAUGUCACAAGGAGAAACGCAAGACAUUGAAUGGAGAUGAUAUUUGUUGGGCUAUGGGAAGUUUAGGAUUUGAUGAUUAUGUUGUGCCUUUGAAGAGGUAUUUGCAUAGGUUUAGAGAAUUAGAAGAAGAAAAAGCUAAUCAAAAGAAGGCUACUGUUGGCAAGAACAUUGAAGAAAGUCAAUGA